AAACCGGAAAACCAUCUCCUCUUUAUUCUAGGGAUCUGCCGGGCUGUUAGUAGUGAACGGCACUCAGGGUUGUAUUGGCACAAUGCACCGACUUCUGCUCGUGUUUGUGGCCGCUGCUGGGGCCUGUGUCUUCGUCCUCCCGCGGAUGGAUGCGUCCCCGGCGGUCGGGCCCUGCGUCGCCCCACUGCAGUGGGAGGGAAGGUGGGUUGUGUACGACCACAGCACCGGCAGGAACAGCCGAGCCGCCGUCUCGUACGACGCCCUGAACCAGAGGAUCCGAGUCCUGCAGCAGCACAAGAAGCACACCCCGUGUCAGAGGUUUUUUGAGUAUAUCUACUUGUAUCAGAGCAUGGUAAUGUUCCAGAUUGACCAGAAGACGAAGGAAUGCUCAAAGAUCGCUCUGACUGAAGCCUGGGAUCCCUUCGACGUCCCUGAUAACUCCACCUUUGAGGACCAAUACUUCAUCGGCGGCCCCGGGGACAGCAUUGAGGUUCAGGAGUGGUCAGAUAGGAAGCCGGCACGCAAGCAUGAGACCUGGGUGGGCGUUUACACCAUGAAGGACUGCUACCCAGUGCAGGAGACCUACACGAGGAACAGCAGUGUCACCACCUCCACCCGCUUCUUCAGCCUGGAGCUGGGAAUCAGCGACCCCAACGUUUUCACCCCACCGAGCACAUGCCAGUCAGCCCGGCCUGAGAGGAUGGUCGACCUCGAGUGCUGAGACCUCAUCAGAUCUCACCUUUGACCUUAAAAGCUAAACUGCAGUUUAAGUCU